GUCACCACCAUCAUCUUGCCAUGCACCUGUAAGGAACCUUCCACUACCACAACAACUGGUGAUGAUGGGAAGAAGACCGUUGUCUGUAACAUCCCACACUCAUUAGUGUCCACUGUGGUGGUCACCGAGCCUUGCACCAAUGCUGCUGGAGAUGUUACCGUCACAACAUAUACAACUUUCACUGCUGCUGCCGCUGCAGUGACUGCUAGCCCUACUGAAACCGUUUCUCCAACUGGUGCUAAAGGUAGUGGUUCUGAAGCUGCUUCAGCAGGCAAUGGCUCUGGUACUGCACCAAAAGAAAUCUCCACUUACGAGGCUAUGGGUUCAAAGAACACAUAUACAUUCUUGGCUGUGUUAUCCACCCUUUUGUGGAUUUCAUUUUGAAUUCACCUGGUUCAAAGAAACAAGACUGUUUUUAAAUGUUUGGUUAUUAUAAUUUCUCUUUGUCUAGUUUUUUCGUUUACCAAUAUUUGGUAC